AUGUUGUUCAGCACACGAGUCCAGGUCAUUUCGGUUAUCCUAGCAAGCUGUGUCCUCUUUUACUUUUUGGCCUUGUCAUCGAGCCGGACAUGCACUGAAGAAAGCAGCAGCAGCAGUAGUUUAAGUCUUAUGAAUGGUCAUUUCCACAGCAGUGGACCUCAUCGAUUUCAGUAUUACGACAUGGACAAGUUGAAUGCGACCAACCAUGAACAGCACAAUGAACACGUGUUGAUUCUGACACCGCUUAAAGACUCUGCACACCUUAUCGAACGCUACUUUGACAGCGUGAACCGACUGACGUAUCCACAUCACCUCAUAUCACUUGGAUUUCUUGUGAGCGAUUCUUCAGAUGGGACGAUUGAAAAGUUACAGGAUCACGCUCGAUGGAUAUCAUCGCAACAGUCGUCAUGGCAACAAUUUCAUCGAAUCAGUAUUUAUCAAAAGGAUUUCGACUUUGAUCUCCCCAAUACGGAAGAACGACAUGCAUUUGGUGUACAAGUCGAACGCCGAAAGAUCAUGGCCAAAAGUCGCAACACAUUGUUAUCAGCUGCAUUGUCAGAGGAAACAUCAUGGGUAUUAUGGCUCGAUGGCGAUGUGCUUGAAUAUCCAUCUACCAUGUUACAAGAGUUGAUUGCAUUGGAUAAGGAUGUCUUGGUUCCCAAUUGUUGGUGGCAUUCUUACAAUGAAGAAGGUGGAUAUGACAAGAACAAUUGGCAGGAAACACCUGAAAGUCUCGAGUUUCAAAAGACGUUGGAGGAAGAGGAUGUAUUGGUGGAAGGAUACCCGGAAUUGGAGACACAUCGAAAGUUGUUGAUUGAUAUGCGAUUUGAAAAUGAGCAAACGGAGCUCUUUCAUACCGUGCCACUGGAUGCAGUAGGUGGUACAUGCACUUUGGUCAAGGCGGCAGUUCAUCGAGAAGGAGCCAUAUUUCCUACAUUUCCAUUCCAGCAUCAAGUGGAGACAGAGGGAUUUGCCAAGAUGGCCAAGGCAUUGGGUUACCAAAUCUGGGGACUCCCCAACUAUCUGGUGUAUCAUAUUAUCUAA